UACAAAUGAAAAAAAACUAUAAAACAAAAGAGAAUAAAAAGAAAGAAAGAGAAAAAGAAGAGGGCAAAGUAAAAAAAAAUGAAAAUGAAAAAAAUGAGAAACAAAAAACUGAUCAAAAAGAAAAACGAAAAGAAAUAUGGUUUGAUAAAUUAUUACGAAGGGUUCUCGAAAAUUUGGGUGGUGUUGGCAAUUUUGUUGGCAAUUUUGUUGGCGAUUUUGUUGACAAUCUUGUUGGUAAUUUUGUUGAUUUAUUUGAACAAUCACA